AUGGACCAAGAAAGUUUGUCGCAUUCGGUUAAUUUGCCUGCGUAUCAGGAUGCAAUCCCGCACUUCUGGAAGUCUCAUUUCAUCGUCAUGAAGCUGUCACCCUUGGGAUUGGGGCCAGCCUCCAAUGCCGCCAGGUCCUCCUCAAUUGGUCAAAAAUUGAAAAUGGAUCCGGCACAAGAAUUUUGA